AUGGCAGACGAAUCACCUGCACUUGACUUUGAUGUUCUAUUUUAUGAUCAUUUAAUCACUGAGGAGCCGAAAUUAGUCAAUAAGGUGUUUAGCAUGCAGCAACGAGCUGAACUUGAAGAAAAACGGCGCUCCUCCGGUAAUUUUAAACAUUUGAAAGAAGUCGUUAUGGAAUACAAUAAAAUUAUUCGUCGGAAACGUCGUGCACAUGAUGCUACGGGCAAGCCACCGGUUGCCAAAAAAUCUCUAAAACAACACGAAGUUGGUGAUUCAAGUGAUAGCUCAGAUAGUGAUCAUCCUGUCAAGCAAGCUGUGGCGAAGAUAAUAAAUGAUGGUAAAGCGAAACGGCCUCCCUUGUCAUCUUCGAACAAUAAUUCUGAUGCUAGGAAGAAAGCUAAACUGUCGCAGUUUGUUAAUCGAGGAAAUGAUGAGACGUCGUCUGAUUCAAGUUCCGAUUGUGAGAAGGAACAUUUACACUUAAAGAAAGGUAGAAAAAAUAUGAAAUCAGCAAAUCCUGUAUCGAAAGAGCUAACCUCAAGCUUUUCAUCAGAUUCUGAUAAUGUAACUGCCACAAGCCGAUCGUUAGAAAAAAUUGGCGGUACAUCCAAGAAAACCGAUAAAUAUGCAUCGAAGGCUUGGAGUUCUAUUAAUCCUUCAAGUAAUUCAAUUCAAGCAAAAACAACACAGUUCGUAGCUCUGCAGGCCAAAAAGCAUAUCUCAUCUACUGAAUUGAAGAACACUUCUAGCAGUAUUAACAUAAAGAAAGAUGCAAAUCUUGAGAAUUAUGUUAGCAAGAAUGCCAAGAUGAUUAUGUCGAAAAAACCUCUUGAAAAAGUUUCUUCAAAUAAUGCCCCUCGAAUUUCGUCAUGCAACACAUCAGGGAAUGAAGAUGGAAAUGCUAAUAAAGGCAUAGAACAUUCAGUUUUGAAAACUACACCAAAAAAUAAGAUAUCCGAAGGUUCAUCAGAUACUAUUUCAAGUGAUGACAGCAAUGUUAAAACCUCGAAAUUUCCGGUUGAGAAUAAAGUCACUAGUAUGAUUAUUGCGAACAAACUACCUGAAAGUUCAUCGGGCACUUCUGGUAGUGACGAUGAUAAACCCAACGGUAACAUUAAAAACACUCUCCAGGAAAAAGUGUCUGCAAGUAAAUCAUCUGGCAUUGCUUCAGUUGUUGACGGUAAUAAAAAACUAUCUCCGAAUUUGAACAGGUCGCCUCAUAAAAAGUUUUCGGCCAAAAUAUUAAUUAAGAAUUCGUCCGGUAGCAUUCCAAACAGUGACGAACGUAAAAAGUCUCUCAAUAAUUUAAAGUCUUCAGUGCAGGAAGAAGUCUUCAAAAAGACUAUUAAUAAUAAGCCAUCAAGCACUUCGUCUUCCACUUCUAAUAGUGACAGUGAUAUUAAAGCGCCGAGUGAAUCUAAGUCCUCUGUUCAGGAAAAAGCUCUCGUAGGAAAGACAUUCAAAGGCUCUCCUAGUAGUAGCGAUGAAAGUGAUGAAUCCUGCAAGAACGCAAAACGUUCAUUGCUUAAGAAAUCUGAAAAAACUUUCAUAAACAAAUCGCCUAAAAGUUCAUCUGGCACCUCUAGUAGUGGUAGCAGUAAUGAUGAAGCAUCAAAAUCUUCGGAACAAAUUCUUCCAGUGAAAACUUCUGCAGCUAAGCCAUCGCAAUCUUUACCUAGCAAUAGCGAAAAUGAGAAGCGUCGUAAGGACUUGCAGCCUUCAGGGCAGAAAAAAGUUAUUGAAAAGAUUCUUGAGAAUAAGUCAUCUAAGAGUUCGUCUGACACUUCCAGCAGCAGCGAUGAUAAUGUAGCGCCAAAAAGUUUGAAACAGUCUCUCCAACUAAAAACUCCUGCUUCUAGAUCAUCACAACUUUCAUCUAGCAGUACUUUUAGCACCAGCGAAGAUGAGGAGCCUAAUAAGAAUUUGAAAAAUUCAAGACAGGAGAAAGUUCUAAAGACUUCUGCGAAUAAGUCAUCUAAAAGUUCGUCUGACACUACUUCUAUCAGCAGCAAUGAUAGCGUAACGCCGAAAAGUUUGAAACAAAUUGCUCCAGUGAAAGCUUCUGUUAUUAAAUCAUCACAAUGUCCAUCUGAUAGUACUAGCAGUGAAUGUGAUGAUUUCUGCACGAAUUUGAAAUCGCAGCAGAAGAAGUCGCCUGGUAAAGCUGACUCAAAUAAACCGUCUAAAAGUUCGUCUGACACUUCUAGUAGCGAUAGCAGUGAUAAUAAAGGAUCGAAAAAGCAGACUCUGCCAUUAAAAGCUUCUGCUACUAAACCAUCGCAACCUUUAUCUGAUAGUACUUCUAGUAGUGAUGAUAAUGAGGGUCCUCGUAAGGAUUUAAAAUUCUCAGAGCAGAAAAAAUCCUUCGCAAAAAGUACUGCACAUAAGCCAUCAGACGUUACGUCUGACUCCACUUCUAGUAGUGAUAACGAUGAGAAGGCGCCUGUUCAGGAAAAGGCUGCUGCAACGAAAACAUUGCUUUCUUCACAUGACACUACUUCUAGUAGUGAUAAAGAUGAUAGACUCUACAGAAAUCCAAAAUCUCAGAAUAAUUCAGUUGAAAAAACUGUUGGAGAUAAGUCUUCUAAAAGUUCAUCUGACACUACUAGCAGUGAUAAUGAGGGGCUGAAAAGUUCGAAACAAACUAUUACAGUGAAAACUCCUGCUAAUAAAUUAUCACAAUCUUUAUCUGACAAUACUUCUAGUAGGGAUGUAGAUAAGGGGCCGUGCAAGAAUUUGGAAUCUUUGGUACAGAAGAGAGCUCUGAAAAACACUAUUGCGAAUAAGUCUUCUGAAAGUUCGUCUAGCAGUUCUAGCAGUGACAGCGAUGUUAAUGAAGCGCCGAAAAGUUUGAAGCAGACUCUUCCAGUGAGAGUUCCUGCUAUGAAAUCAUCACAACCUUUAUCUGAUAGUACUUCUAGUAGUGAAGACGAUGACGAUUCCUGCAAGAAUUUGCAGCAUAAGAAAUUUCCCCCAAAAGUUCCCUCAAAUCAGCCGUCUAAAAGUUCGUCUGACACUUCUAGUAGCGAUAGUAGUAAUGAUGAAGCGUCGAAAAAACAAACUCUCCCAAUGGAAGCUCUUGUUACAAAACCAUCACUACCAUCAUCUGAUAGUUCCUCUUGCAGUGAAGAUAAUGACGAUUCCUGCAAGAAUUCUAACUUGCAGCAUAAGAAACUUCCCCCAAAAGUUCUCUCAAAUCAACCGUCUAAAAGUUCGUCUGACACUUCUAGUAGCGAUAGCAGUAAUGAUGAAUCGUCGAAAAAACAAACUCUUCUAGUGAAAGCUCUUGUAACGAAACCAUCACUACCAUCAUCUGAUAGUUCUUCCAGCAGUGAAGAUGAUGGUUCCUGCAAAUAUUCGAAAUCGCCGCAGAAGAAAUCUAUCGGAAAAGCUAUCACAAAUAAGCCGUCUGAAAGUUCGUCUGACACUUCUAGUAGCGAUAGCAGUAAUGAUAAAGCGUCGAAAAAACAGAUUAUUCGACUGGAAGCUCCUGCUGCUAAACCGUCGCAACUUUCAUCCGACAGUACUUCCAGUAGUGACGAAGAUGAGGAACCCCACCAGAACUUCAAACCUUCAAUGCAGAAAAAAGCUCUUAAAAAGACUCUUGCGAAUAACUCAUCUGACACUGGUUCUAGCACCGAUAGCAAUGAUAAUGAAGCGUCGAAAAGUUUGAAGCAAUCUGCAGUUAAAGCUCUUGCUGCAAAACCGUCGCAAUCUUCAUCUGACAGUACUUCUAGUAGUGAUGAAGAUAAGGAACUACACAAGAAUUCGGAAUCUUCAGUACAAAAAAAGCUUCCUGAAAAGACUUUGAAUAAGCCAUCAAAAUCUUCCCUGAAAGAAUCAGGAGUAGCUUUAAUCUCGGAUGGUAAUAAUUCGAUUUCUGAAGACAGUGACAAAAUUCCAACUAAAAGGUCCAAGUUACAACCCAAACAGAAAAUGGCACCUAUGCUUCGGAAGGCUUUAAAAAAGCAGAAUGCGUCAGAUUCCAGUAGUAUAGCUAAUAAGUCGGUCAGUGCCAGCAUACAAGAGAAGCCUACAGUCGUGCGGAACGACUUCAAAAAUAAAAAUAACUCAACGUCGGAUUCUAGUGAUUCAGUUGAUGAUGAAACAGUGCAGAAAGUUGCAGUAAGCAGUCAAAUGUUAAGCAAUUUGAGUGGGGAGGGAAAUCGAAUGAAAAGGAAAAGUACGGGGAUUACUGCAGUUAAGAGUGCUAAGCAACGAGAAUUUAGUAAAGGACAAGAAGUAGUUCAAGGUACUGACAGUAGUUCUUCUGAUGAUAGUUCUUCCGGCGGUGCUAAUGUGGAAACGAUUACUACAGGUGGUUUAGUAAGUAAAGCGGCGGCGAGCUCAUCAAAUUCAAGCUUGAAUGAACGCAGUAAUGCAGAAUUAAAACAGAAGAAAUCAGAACCUCUUUUGAGAACUUUAAAUGAAACUAAUGACAUGCCAUCAAAAUAUUCGCAAUCAAGCAGGACCGCAAAACAAAUCAUAUCUACUAACCGUAAUGCAUUAACUUCGAGCUGUGACAAGGACGCUGUAAAAGAAAAAUCUGUAGCAUCAAAUUCUUUGCUGACAAAUAGAAGUACCCUAAGCGAGAAUAGCUCUGCAAUUAAGCCAGCCAAAAAGCAUCCAGAUUUAUCGCAAAUGAUGAAAUCAGGCAUAACUAAUUCGAGUUCAAGUGAUUCAUCGGAAUCAGAGCUUGGUGGUAAGCUAUCCAUAAAGAACACUAGUGUUCAUAGCACUGAGAGGAAAAAAAAUGUGAACUCUGACAACAGUGGAAAAAAUAAAAGCAACGCUGAAAAUGAUAUAGGAAGGAUUGUAGCAACUUUUGGGGAUUCUAGCUCAAAAAAGGAAAAAAAUGACAAAGAGCCAACUCAAGCAAACGUAAAUUGGAAAACAGGAAAUAAAGAUCGUGGUGAUGGUGAUAAGAGAAAAGAAAGUUGUCACAGUGUUGAAUUAAGAGCAAACAAUGUGCAAACGAAGGCAGUAAGAAAUGAGCCAUUCCGUCGGGUAAAGAUUUCAAAGGAUGAAUUGGAUAACAAGUUCCGAGAUAAUUCUUAUCAAGCAAAAACAUAUGAUCAAUGGGGCAAGAAAGCGUAUGAUGUAUUGAAAAAUGUACAAGGCAAAGGAUUUCGGCAUGAAAAAACAAAAAAAAAGCGUGGUAGCUACAGUGGCGGUGCCGCUAUUGAUACCAGUUCACAUUCAAUAAAGUUUAGCGAUAGUGAUUGA